ACUAUCGGUUCAGAUAGUAGCUGAAAAGCGAAUCAAACGAACGGUUGGCAUUCCGAGCCAAUCUUAGAGGCCAACCCGCGCACACCAACAGUAUAUGCAUAGAUUUUCCAUAUGUGUUCUCGCGUGUGAGAGUUCCCGCGCUCGAUAGUCAACCCUUCUUGACCGCGGCUAGCUCGGUCCGAGAGAUAAACUACCCCCCAAACGGGGCAGCAAAGUGGAUUUUUGAGAGCUUUUUUCACUGUGUGUGGAGAGAACGCGGAGAGCUGCGAUCCAGUGGCGGAGAGCUUUUAUAAAGUGCGAUGUUGUUUUUAUUUCCACGUUAAUUUAUUGAACUUCUUCCAUCGGAUCGUGUCGCGGAUCUUGCCACAGAACACCACCUGUUCUCGAUUCUAAGCCUUUCGUUUGAUGCACCGGUAGCCAUACGAGGUUGAAAAAAAAAUCUGUUACCAAUCGUUAGAGGAGAAGAUCCUGUUUUCGCACACGGAACAACUUAUCCAGUUGCCGGUGAUCGACCCGUCGAAUUCGAUUGGUUUCGGUGAACGGAGAACGGAUGAGGGCGCGCGUGAGUGUUAGUGCUUUGAAAAUACGAUCAGAACUCGCCCCCACCCACCAGUCGUGAUUCACAAGUCGGCAGGGUAGCAUCCGUGCCACGUUAGUUUCGAGCAGCAUCCUUACGGCAUCACAUCACCUCCCGCCGCAUUCGCUUCGGCACAUCGCAACGCAGUGCGGCUGUUGCACAACAAGUAGUGACGUUUAUCAGUAGUCCUGCAUAUGUCUGGUUCCUUUCAUCGCAGGGGCAGUAACGCACCGCGAGGAUAUUUUCACAGCUGCGCACUGGGAACCAACGCAAGGCCCCGGUUGAAAGAUUCACCCCAACAGGACGGUGGGAUCGUAGGGUGGAUGUGCUUUUGACAGUGACAGUUCUGUGUGGGUGGUACAAAAACCCAAAACACUGGAUUCCUAGUUUUGUGUGGUGUUCAGCUUUGUGUUCAUUUAGUGAGCUGGUUUUGUUUGUUUGAUUUGUGCGUACCGGAACGCGGGUGCAGUAGAAUAAUCUGUGAUUAUUGCCAAACAAUUCAAGUGCUCUCGAUGUGAUAUUCUACGAGAGUGCUUCCUCACAGCAGCGCUGAAUCGAGUUCUUCCAAGUGACCACCCCCGGAGCUUCCCCUUCCCCCAAAUGUCAAUUACUCGUAGUUAGUAGUUAGUACGAAACCUAGUGAUCAAGAAGCCUGUCAAGUAGGCAUCAACCGGUGCUACUCCGUAUACCUGUGAAAGUCAAUUAUCGUAGUUUAUAAGUAAUAACUAAAGAAAAAGGGAGGAGAAAAAAAAAUCACAAGCCAAAAUGUCAUCGCCGAACGUCACAGCGUCGUCCAGCUACUGGGACUUCCUGUUCAUCGAGCUGGCCGACCCCAGGACGAACGAUUGGCCCCUCAUCACGUCACCCGUACCUGUGCUCACCAUCAUUGCCAGCUAUCUGUACUUUGUGCUGAACUUCGGCCCCAAAUACAUGGCCAACCGGAAGCCCUUCCAAAUGCAGAAGAUGCUGGUCGUGUACAAUUUCAUCCAGGUCAUCGUGAGCAUAUGGCUGUUCGUGGAGGGUCUCGAUGGAGCUUGGUUACGACACUACAGCUGGCGCUGUGAACCUGUGGACUUCUCCGACAAUCCCCAUGCAAUGAGGGUUGCCCGCGGAUGUUACAUCUACUUCCUGGCUAAGAUUUCCGAAUUGUUGGAUACUGUAUUUUUCACGUUGAGGAAAAAGGACAACCAAAUCAGUUUCCUUCAUUUGUACCACCACACCGUGAUGCCGAUGAUUUCGUGGGGUGCCACCAAAUACUACCCGGGAGGACACGGAACCUUCAUCGGUGUUAUCAACUCAUUCGUACACAUUGUGAUGUACACCUACUACAUGAUGGCAGCCAUGGGCCCACAGUUCCACAAAUAUCUCUGGUGGAAGAAGUACAUCACGGAUCUGCAGAUGAUCCAAUUCGGAAUGGCCUUCGUCCAUUCGGCCCAGCUGCUGUGGACAGACUGUGGCUAUCCCCGCUGGUCGGUCUGCUUCACCCUGCCGAACGCAAUCUUCUUCUACCUGCUGUUCAACGAUUUCUACAAGAAGGCAUACGGCCAAAGACGCGCCGCCCGAUUGGCUGCCGCCAGGAACAACGCCGCCGCCCUGAGUCGAGCGUCCACCGCCGAGAAGCCUGCCGAGAAAGUGCUAUAAUAUACAGUGGCUGCCACUUCAUUCACCACCGUGUACCGUUCAUUGUCCAAAAAUAUUCCCCUUAUCCCUAUCCCCGUCUUCCCUGUACCGAAAAACCAACAGAAACACUAACACCUCAUUCCAUGUUCAUAGAACAAGCGAGUAUUUGCUCAUAACAUACAGAAAUCUACUCAUAAGUUGAUGGAGAGUUGCAUGAGUGAAACGUUGAUUUUUAAGGACUAUUUUUUCGCUAGCUGUGUAAGGUAAUUUUAACAAUUUUAGUAGAAUGAGCGUAAGGUAGAGUUUUGUUGUUCAGACGAAUAGUGUGAGAAUAAAAGCGACACAUGUU